ACACGCAACAUUUCAACAAGAGGAACAACACUCUUCUGUUGGAUCAUGAUUUAUUUUAUCCUUUCAAUCUAUAUAGUAAACUCAUGGUGAUCGCCGGGUGCGCACCGCGGUCGCUGCCCGGCGUCCUGUUACCUUCCCCGGGGCACCAUGGUCUCGUAAGAUGCCUUCUCUGUGGAAACGGAUAACGUUCUCGGUGGCCUCGGUGCUCUGCGUCGGCUCGGUGGUCCUCCUGGUCGUGGCCCUGGCCACGGAGCGCUGGGUCACCGGGCGGAUCCUGUGUAAAACAGGGGUGGACAUAGUAAACGCGUCCCACCCGGAACUGGAGCAGUUUGUGGGGGACAUUUACUACGGUUUGUUCCAGGGAGGGAAGAGCAAGAGGUGCGGGCUCGGGAGGAGGCGAUCCAAAAUAUUCAUUUUCCCAAAGCUCGUGCGAACAUUGAACAGCGGCCUUCACAUGAUGGUGAUCCUCUUCCUGCUGGUGGCCAUCGGCUUCGCUGUGGUCAGUCUGUCUUUCUGUAUUUACAACGCACGCAAGGUUCCCUACCAGAGCAUCAAGGGGCACAAAGGACUCUACCUGUGGAACCUAAUAGCUGCUCUUUUCGGUGCCCUGGGUGUUUUGUGUUUCCUGGCGGCCCUGAGACACCACCGUCUGACCGAGCGGGUGGCUAACUACAAGGAGAAACUGUUCGUCCUGGUUGUCCUGGACGAUGGCCUGGACUGGUCCUUCUGGCUGGGCGUGGGGAGCAUCGCGACUCACUUCGCUGUCUGCGGAGUGGUCGCCAUGAGUCGGAUCAAGCUGCCCAAACCAGAGAUCAAGAAACCGGAGGAACCCACCAUCUCUGCUCUGGACCUGCUCUACUAAAGAACCAAACACGGAGCAUCGUGUCAGCACUUACAUCACGUAUGAUGUCUUCCAUGUGGAAACAGACACUGUGCCAGAGCCCCUGUGUACAGAUUUUACACUAUUUAUGACAAGUGGCUACAAUUAUAAAGUUACGGCU